GGAGAACCAGGUUGCGCCGCUGGGCCAUCUUUGUAUGGAGGACCAGACCACUUCAAUGUGUUUCUAUGGCAACGACCCAAACAUUGAGUAAGAGCCCUUACUACAACACGCUCCCGGACCGGUACCAGUAUACUUUGUGAUGCCGACGACGAAACCGUCCCGAGGGAAGCGGGUGAAAGGCGGGAAAGGAAAGAAAGGAAGCAAACAGGAGUUCAAAGCGAGCACGGAUCAGGAUGUGAAGACGCCCAGGGUGGACUCCGUCACCUGGGAGCUGAGGUUGAGCAGCACCAACCAGGAUCUGUCCGCCUGCCAGAGAGCCCACUGUGAUCUGAUCCGAGUCAGCGAGUACCUGAGCCAUCAGCUGGACACCGUGGAGAGAGACACCACCGGUGCAAGGAGCUACUGGGAGAGAGAAGCUGCAGACAAGGAGAGGGAGAUUGGUACGCUGGAGGAAAAACUCAAAAAACAAGCAGAACUUGCACUUGAAGAGAAGAACAAACUGAGCCAGCGCACCCGGCUGAACCUCUCCUUAAUCACAGCAGGAGGGCGGUCCGACCCGGAGGAGGAGGACGUGAGCAGCAGAAAACAAUAA